AUGUUGUCAUGGAGUCAUUGUCAACUUCCGUCUAUUGAUGUUUGAGGGCUAAAACAGGGUACGAUGUAUUAAGUGAAGAUUUUGCUGUUAGAAAGAACAAAAAUAUCACUAAAAAAAAUUCUGUAAAACACAAGCAAAACCAUGGAAACUGACUACCUGAAAACACACCUGGCCUGUUUGGUGCCGUGCCUGACAGAGGUAGCUGAAGUACGACCACAUGACCCUAUUGAGUACAUAGCCUUCUGGUUACAGAAACACAUUGAGAACGAAACACUUAGGCUACAGAAAGAAGAGGAGGCUAAACAGCUGCAGAGAGAAAAGGAGCUGGAGGUGUUGGAGCAGGAGAGAAGGGCUCAGAGACUGGAGGAAGCCAGGAGGCUUGCAGAGGAGGAUGCUGAGAGACAAUUGGCAGAGAAGGAGAGAAGAGAAAGAGAAGCUGCGUCAGCGUCCAAACUACCUAUGGUAGAAGAGAAGGAUGAGCCAGUUGUUGACCCUCCCACCCAGGAAGACCCAGGGGAUGACCCACAACCUGAUGCCAGCACAGAGGUUAAGGAUGAUGAUGAAACAAAAGAGGAUGAAACAGAAGGAGACUCUAAUGAACAGGACGGGGACAAGACAGAACAAGAUGAUGGGGAAGAUGCUCCACCAGACCAAGACACCAGUGCAGGGGGUGAAAAUGACUAAAGUUGAUUGAUGUCUUGUAUAAAAUAUUCUUGUAAACAUGGUGUUAAAUGUUAAAGUUAUUUGUGGAAAAUAUGUUUAAAGGGGAAAUAAAAAUGAUAAAAAAAUAAAAUAAACCAGGUUACCUCCCUUAGACUGAAAACUAACAAAAUUGUUGACACUGUCAGGAAGAUUUUUUUUUUUUUACCUAACUUGAACUUUUGUGUUGUGAUACAGCAUGUUUGUGUCAAGUUUAUGUUAACUUCUAGACAUUUCUGUUAAAUAUAUGUAUAGUCAACUUCAGCUGUAUAGUUUUAUAUCACAUACACUUAUCUAAAAAAUUUUACAGUGCGAUAUAUUGUUAAAAUCUACUUAAGUGUAAAUUACUAAUUAUGAGGUUAAUUGAGAAACAGUUUUUAUUUAUUAUACGCUUACAUUUUUAUUUGUAAAUGAGGAUUGUUUUCACACUAGUAAUGUGGUUUUGAGCCAUCUAUAAAUCUAUUGCCAUUACAUUUUAUGUACGCAAAAGGUGGCUAAACUAUGUGAGGAUAACACAAAUAAAUAUUUUGUUUAUCCAUUA